UAAUACCCGUAUAUAAGGCUAUCAGCCAGUGGCAAAGUUUAGUCAUAUAUCCGGUGAAUAUAUUUCCAGGAAUUACAGAUAAAUUUCACGCUUAUUUGAUAAAGUGUGAGAAAUUAGAAAAGAAGGCCCAUAGAUAAAGAUCGAGCAUCGCCUUGAACAAACAGUUCUAAAAUGUGGUGGGGAUGAAUCAUGGUCAUAUAAGCGGGCAUUGCUGUAUCCACUCUAUUGUUAAGAAUGUCAUUCGAGUACAGAAGGUGCAGAUUUUUUUUAUCUUUUAAAUAAAAUAUUAUGGACAUCAAGAAGUUACAAGAAUUUAUGGAACUCCUUGGUCGACUAAAGCACAUGAAAAGAACAGGAUGGGUUCGUAGUAAUAUUCCAGAUCCAGAAACAAUUGCAGGACAUAUGUAUAGGAUGGCUAUGCUUGCUUUUCUAGUAGAUAAUAAUGAAGAUUUAGACAAAGUCAAAAUCAUGCAGAUGGCUUUAAUUCAUGACUUGGCAGAAUGUAUUGUAGGAGAUAUAACUCCUCAUUGUGGAGUUCCACCUGACAUCAAACACAAACGGGAAGAUGAAGCAAUGGAAAAUAUUUGUGAACUUCUUGGGGAUAAAGGGCUCAUAAUACUAGAAAUGUUCCGUGAAUAUGAGAAACAAGAAUCUCCAGAAGCAAAAUAUGUUAAAGAUCUGGACAGAUUAGACUUAAUUAUGCAAGCAUAUGAAUAUGAAAAAAGAGAUAAUAUUCCUGGAAAAUUGGAGGAAUUUUUUUCUUCCACUAAUGGAAAAUUCAGACAUCCUUUUAUUAAGAAACUAGCUUCUGAAAUUAAUGCAACAAGACAGGCUCUAAAUUAG